AUGCUGUGCCUGGGAGCAUCCGCGUACGCUCCUACAGUCGCGCGGAGAGCCCCCGAAACGGGUGAGCAGUUCGCACUUUAUGCGUAUGGAGAGUCUGUUGGUGGUCUCUCCCUUUUCUAUGCAGAUGGCCAGGCUCAGAUUGGUGACCCAGCCAACUCAACUGCUUCGGAAGUCUCAAGUGUAUACUUCGAGUCCUCGGAUAGCACUUGGGUCGGCAACCCGAAUGGAACCACCAAUGGAAACGCCAGCUGGUCCGAUCAGAUGCUUUACAUCCCCAGUUCAUCAUCUUCGAGCCACCAAAUGGGGUUCACAUCGAAGAAUAUGUCGAAUGUUACUACUACGGGUUUCAUCUUCUAUGGAAAUUGGAUGAUGGUGGAAUCGGAUUCUGGCGAGAUCUCUUCCAGCUUCUAUGUUAGGGAGAACUCCCAGGGUGAAGGCAUUUAUUCCUUGCUGUGGAAUGUGUCUGAUGAAACAACUGCUAUCCCAGUGUCCUUGCGUUCCGCGAAGCCUUCUAACGCUUGA